GUUUCCACAUGCAUGUUUUCUUACUCUAUUUAUAGACAGCAGAGGAUAAUGGAGAAACGCCAUACAUGAAAAUGGAGUUUCGUUUCCUCCUCUUCCUUGCAGUACUGAUUCCAUUUUUAGCUUACUUUGAAGGAUCAACCGCGCUAAAUCGGAGUAGCUUUCCUGAUGGUUUUAUCUUCGGAGCAGGAUCGAGUGCUUAUCAGUAUGAAGGGGCGACAAGUGCAGAUGGGAGGCAACCUAGCAUAUGGGAUACUUUUGCGAAGUUACAUCCAGAGAAAAUUACAGACGGAAGCAAUGGAGAUGUAGCAGAUGAGUUCUAUUAUUUAUUGAAGGAAGACAUUGCUCGUAUGAAAGAAGUUGGUUUGGACUUUUUCAGAUUCUCCAUCUCUUGGUCUAGAAUUUUACCUCUGGGUAAAAUCAGCGGCGGGAUAAAUCAAAAAGGAAUCAAUUUCUACAAUCAUCUCAUUGACUUACUCCUAUCAAAUGGAAUACAACCCUUUGUUACUUUGUUCCAUUGGGAUCCUCCUCAAGCACUCGAGGAUGAGUAUGGGGGAUUCCUCAGCCCGAAAAUUGUGGACGACUUUCGGGAUUAUGCCAACCUCUGCUUCCAAGAAUUUGGCGAUAGAGUGAAACAAUGGGCAACCCUAAAUGAGCCAAAUAUGUUUGCCAAGGAAGGUUAUGCACUGGGCGAUGCCGCACCGGGUAGAUGUUCUAUCUAUAUAGGGAAUUGCUCAGAGGGAAAUUCAGCAACUGAGCCUUAUAUAGUGAUGCAUCACUUGAUUCUUUCUCAUGCAACCGCUGCACAAUUGUAUAAAGAAAAAUAUCAGGCCGUGCAAUAUGGAACAAUUGGGGUUACAGUGAAUUGUAAUUGGUAUGUGCCAAAAUUUGAUACAAUUGCAAGUAAGAGAGCUGCCCAAAGAGCUCGUGAUUUUGAUUGGGGAUGGGCUAUUCAUCCAGUGGUUUAUGGUGAUUAUCCCAAAAUAAUGCGAGAGAUGAUAGGGAACCGGCUCCCCAGUUUCACAAAAGAACAGUCUGAAAUGAUUAAAGGGUCAUUUAAUUUCCUUGGAGUGAACUACUAUACUACAGAGUACGCCGAAGACUCUGGAUACGAUACUGGUGCCAACUUGAGCUACACCACAGAUAGUCACGUCAAUACUUCUACGGAGAAAAAUGGAAUUCCAAUUUGUGAAUCGACAAGUGUUAGUUGGCUACACAUUUGUCCAUGGGGACUUAGAGAUAUUUUGCUAUAUAUAAAAGGAAGAUACAAAAGUCCAACUACCAUUAUAACAGAGAACGGAAUGGGUUAUGUUGUCAACUCGUCGUCAACAAUAACUGAUUUUAUCGAGGAUAACCUGAGAAUAAAAUAUCAUAGUGUCCAUCUAUCAUAUCUAUCCCAAACAAUCAAGGAAGGAGUUGAUGUCAGGGGUUACUUCAUUUGGUCAUUUCUUGAUAACUUUGAGUGGGGUCAGGGUUAUACUAUCCGAUCUGGCAUCACCUAUGUUGACUAUGUUAAUGGGUUGCAAAGAUAUUUCAAGAAUUCUGCUUUGUGGUUUCAUAAUUUCCUUAAAAAGGAAAACAUAGCCAGUGCUACUAACUCGUCUCUGUUGUAUUCUGAGUGAUUAUGUCGAACGAUCAUCACCAACAUUCUAGAAGCAAGGAGAUAUUUUGCAGAAGUUAGAAAAAAAAAAAAGAGAUUAAUCUAGAAUAAUGAAAACAAUUUAAGAAUAAAGUUGGUGUGUAGAAUUGUGCAAGUUGAUGUAUUUUCUUUGAAUGUUAUUUUGUGACUUGUUUUGUGUAGGAGUACCAUUUGUAGAAUUGUGUGUGUUGGAGCAUUUUAGUAAAAAAUAUUUAUCAUG